AUGCUUUCCUCACGACGCCGCGCCGCGGUACCAACCUUUGUAAUGCUCGGUCAACGAUGGCUUGCUGUGUCCCCGUCACCAUACUUGCGGGCGUUGUCGACAAAACCGCCCCUUUCCUCGCGCCCUCCCAACCUGUACAAGGCUCCUCCUCCAGGCCCUAAAGCUCCACGAGGCAACCCCCCUCCUCCCGCCGGCCCCGAGCCGCCCGCUCAGAAAGCAUCCGGCGGAUUCGGCUUGGGCGCAGCUCUAGGCAUGAUUGUGCUCGCUGGCGGGACUGCCGCAACGGGGUAUUACUAUGUGCUUGCGGACCAAAAUGAGAAAUCUCAAAUGGAGGGUUACCUCGCGAAAGUCAAGUCAACCGUAGGCCUCGCCCCCCCCUUUGAGAUCGAGACACCACCGACUGGAGAUGCCACGAGCAAUCGAGAAAAUGAAGUGAAGAACGCAAAAGGCGAUGUUGAAGCAGCUACUGCCGGGGCUGCGGCAAGUGUGAAGACAGAGCUUCAGAAAGCUACGACACGGGCAUCACAGGCGGUGCAUGCCGUCGAGGAAAAGGUCGCCACCGCACUGCGGGGGGGCAAAGAGGCUCCUACGUCCGGUAGAGAAAAUAGUAUGGGUGCAUCAGUGAAAAAGGGAGGGGCGGAGGAUGGGGAUGACGGAGGUGCAGAGCUGUCGGAGAAGGUGAAGGAGGCGGCGGGGGAGGUGGAGGGAGAGGUCCGUUCCGCCGUCGAAAAUGCCGAGCACCUUGCAGCCCAGAUAAUCUCUGACAUCGAGGAUCGUGCGAAGAAGGAGGAAGACCCGGGCGCCGUGGCCACGGAGGAAGGAGAGAACAAGACAGCCGGGGCGCCCACCGAGUCGGCCCUAGGGAGGAAGCAGGCGGAAGCGGCUCUCAAGCACUUUGCCGGCUACGAGUCUCGGGGGAAGGAGCUUCGCUUCGACACGCUGACGCGUGCCGCGGAAGAGGCCUUGGCCCAGGGGGAGGCCCUCCGCAACCACCUGGAGCAGACCCUCCUGAAGGACCUGGCAGUCUUGAGUAACGAAGCCUUGCAACUCAGAGUCGUUCAGCUGGUGGGGGAGCUGCAGGAGCGCACGAAAUGGGAGGCACUGCGCUUGCACGAGGCAGUGCGGAAGGCGGAGAUGGAGGUGAGCGGGAAAUACGUGGAGCUGAUCCGAAAAUUGCGCGAAGAAAGCGUGGAGGAGGUAGGUCGACAAAGCCGGGCGUUAGAGGCGGAGAAGCAAGUGGCGCUGUUGAAGGCGAUGGAGGAGAAGGACAAGGCAUGCAAGACGCUCUUAGAGGAGGAGAUGCGCUCUUUUACCGCCAAUGUGACGGCGGCGUUCGAGCAGGAGCGGGCGCAGGAUCGGGCCCUGGUGGAGGCCCAAGCCAAGCGGGAGCUAGAGAACGUCCUGUACGAGAGGGAGACCGGCUACCAAGCCGCCUUGGCCGGGCGGUUGGAGGAGCUGGGGCGGCUCAAGGGAGAGGUGGAGGCGUUGGAAGCGGUUUUUGAGACGGACACGGACUACGAACACGUGUCCUGGAAGGUGCACAGGGUGAGCGCCGCCUUGCUGGCCUUUGAAUUGGCGUUACAAAGCUCCCAGCCGUUACGCAGGGAGAUCGCGGCCCUCCAGCACGUGACCAAGGGUGACCCUGUGCUGGACGCAGUGCUCGCCGGCCUUCCGCCCGCGGCUUCCGAGGGUGUGCUCACCCCGUCGGAGCUCCAGGUCCGCUUCCCCAUGGUGCAAAAAGCGGCGCGAGAGGCGGCUUUCGUCCCCGAGUCGAGCCCCGGGAUGGUCGGGCACAUGUUCGCCGGCCUUCUAGCGGCCGUCACCAUCCAGCCACGGGGUCUGGUGGAAGGCUCGGGGGCCGACGAGACGCUGGCACGGGCGGCCUACCACGUGGAGCGCGGGCACCUAGCCGAGGCAGUGCAGGAGCUGGAAGGGCUGGGGGGGUUGGCGGGUCGGACGGUGGAGGAUUGGUUGCAAGACGCGCGGGGAAGAUUGGAGCUGACGCAGGCGGCGCGGGCGAUGAAUGCCCGCUCUGCCUUGUUGAAUGUGAGCAUGGUAUAG